UCACUAUAACCCUGUCCCUGUCACUAUAACCCCGUCCCUGUCACUAUAACCCUAACCCUGUCACUAUAACCCUGUCCCUGUCACUAUAUCCCAAACCCUGUCACUGUAACCCUAACCCUGUCACUAUAACCCUAACCCUGUCACUAUAUCCCAAACCCUGUCACUAUAAACCUAACCUUGUCCCGCCCCCCUGGCUGGAUUACCCAUAUUAGAGUACCUGCCUAGUAGCUCUCCUACCCUGGAUUACCCAUUCUAUCCUAUCCUGGAUUAGCUACGUCACUGUGUCACUAUCUGCCUGAUGGCUAACUAUUUGUCGCUAGCCAGCUUACACUGGAUACCGUCUGUUGGUAGCUAGCCUACACUGGACACUAUUUACCUGGUAGCUAGCCUACACUGGAUACUCUUUACCUGGUAGUUAGCCUACACUGGAUACUAUUUACCUGGUAGCUAGCCUAUACUUUAUACCAUCUGACAACGUAGAUAGACUACACUGUAUAUUAUCUGCCGGGAGCUAGCUGACACUAAAUACUAUCUGCUGGUAGUUAGCUUACACCAUAGCUUGUCUACACUGGAUACCUUGAAGAACAGGAGCUUCAUCAGCCUGGAUCCUGCUGUAGCUAGCUGCCUUGCUGGCCAGGAUCCUGGAGAGAGAAGACCACCUGUAGAUGGGCCUGGUGGCAGAAGAGGAAUUGUAGAUGAGUGUUUAAUGAUUUAAGAAUGAGUGGGUCCAGCACCACCCGGCUCAGCCCCAACACACUGCAGGUGAACGAGCCCAAGCGCUAUGGCUCCACGUUGUCUCUGGAAGAGAAGUGUGAACAGUCUUUCUUCCUCUUCUACUAUUACAGGAUGGAGGACGAGGCCGUGCUGGACCGAGGCGCCUCCUUCCUCAAACACGUCUGUGAUGAAGAGGAGGUAGAAGGUCACCACACCGUCUACAUCGGAGUACAGAUGCCCAAGAGCUACCGGCGUCGGAGACGUCAACGCCGGAGAGGAAGCCACAAGGACAGGAAGGAUCAUCUGACGGAGAACGCCUCUGACAGGUCCGACACAGAAAACAACGAUGAGGCCAGCAACAGCAUCCUCAAACCGCUCAUCUCUCCAGCGGGCGAGAGGAUCCGCAUUAUGCUGGGAGAGGAUGAUGAUGGACCGUCACCACCUCAACUCUUCACUGAGCUGGAUGAGCUGCUCUCUGUGGAUGGGCAGGAGAUGGAGUGGAAGGAGACAGCCAGGUGGAUCAAGUUUGAGGAGAAGGUGGAGAAGGGAGGAGAGCGUUGGAGUAAACCCCAUGUGGCCACGCUGUCGCUCCACAGCCUGAUGGAGCUCCGGACUUGCAUCGAGAAAGGAACCAUCAUGCUGGAACUGGAGGCCUUCACGCUGCCUCAGGUCGUUGAGUUGAUCACAAACAGCCAGAUAGAUAGCGGUCUGCUGAAGGCGGAGCUAAAAGACAAGGUGACGUACACGUUGCUACGGAAACAUCGACACCAGACAAAGAAGUCCAACCUGCGCUCGCUAGCUGACAUCGGCAAGACGGUCUCCAGUGCAAGUAGGCUCUUUACCAACCUGGAUAACGCUAUUACAGGCAGUCCAGCCACCACACAUCGGAACCUGGCCUCAAGCAGCAUGAACGACAUCUCCGACAAACCAGAGAAAGACCAGCUGAAGAACAAGUUCAUGAAGAAGCUUCCCCGAGACGCCGAGGCAUCCAACGUUCUCGUUGGAGAGGUGGACUUCCUGGACGCCCCCUUUGUGGCAUUUGUCCGUCUACAGCAGGCUGUGAUGCUGGGAGCUCUUACAGAAGUCCCUGUCCCCACCAGAUUCCUGUUCAUCCUUUUAGGACCCAAAGGAAAAGCCAAGUCCUAUCAUGAGAUAGGAAGAGCUAUCGCCACCCUCAUGUCAGAUGAGGUGUUCCAUGACAUAGCAUACAAGGCGAGGGACAGAGAGGAUCUGCUGGCUGGCAUCGAUGAGUUUCUGGAUGAGGUGAUUGUACUGCCCCCGGGGGAAUGGGACCCGGCCAUCAGGAUAGAACCGCCCAAGUCUGUACCUUCUGCUGACAAAAGGAAGAACAUGUAUGCUGGAGGCGACAGCGGCCAGAUGAACGGAAACACACCCCAUGAUGGGGGAGGAGGGGGAGGGGGGCAUGCAGUGGGAGACGAGCUCAAGAAGACAGGCAGGUUUUGUGGAGGCCUCCUACUUGACAUCAAAAGGAAAGCUCCAUUCUUCGCCAGUGAUUUCUACGAUGUGUUCCACAUCCAGGCACUGUCGGCCAUCCUGUUCAUCUACCUAGGAACUGUAACUAACGCCAUCACCUUCGGAGGGUUGCUAGGAGACGCCACCGACAACAUGCAGGGUGUGUUGGAGAGCUUCCUGGGCACGGCGGUAUCUGGAGGGAUCUUCUGUCUGCUGGCUGGCCAGCCUCUCACCAUCCUCAGCAGCACUGGACCUGUUCUGGUCUUCGAGAGGCUGCUCUUCAACUUCAGCAAAGACAAUGACUUUGACUAUCUGGAGUUCCGGCUGUGGAUUGGUCUGUGGUCUGCAUUCUUUUGUCUGCUGCUUGUUGCUACUGAUGCCAGCUACAUGGUUCAGUACUUCACCCGAUUCACAGAGGAGGGCUUCUCCUGCCUCAUCUCCUUCAUCUUCAUCUAUGAUGCCUUCAAGAAGAUGCUGAAGCUGGCUGACUACUACCCCAUCAACUCUGACUACCAGAUUGACUAUGUCACCCAGUAUGACUGUAUGUGUAUGGCCCCUACCAUCUUAGAAAACAGUACGGAGGUGUUUGGAGAUCCUCUGGAUGCUGAUAGCACUGCUGUCUGGUACUUCAACAACACUGAUCUACCUCUGAAUGCCACGUGGUCAUCCCUGUCUAAGAAGGAUUGUGUGAAGUAUGGAGGAGAGCUGGUGGGGAAGGCAUGUAAAUAUGUUCCUGACAUCACUCUGAUCUCCUUCAUCCUUUUCCUGGGAACCUACACUACCUCCAUGAUGCUGAAGAAGUUCAAGACCAGUCCUUUCUUCCCUACAUGGGUGAGGAAACUAAUCAGUGACUUUGCCAUUAUCUUGGCCAUCCUGAUCUUUUGCGGUGUGGACAUGCUAGUAGGAGUGGACACUCCCAAGCUCAUAGUCCCAACUGAGUUCAAGCCAACGAGCCCCAACCGUGGCUGGUUUGUUCCCCCGUUUGGAGGCAAUCCUUGGUGGGUGUACGUGGUGUCAGCUGUGCCUGCCCUGCUGGUCACCAUCCUACUCUUCAUGGACCAGCAGAUCACCGCUGUCAUCGUCAACAGGAAGGAGCACAUGCUGAAGAAAGGCGCAGGCUACCACCUGGACCUGUUCUGGGUUGCAGUGCUGAUGAUUGUAUGUUCCUUCAUGGGGUUGCCAUGGUACGUGGCGGCGACGGUCAUCUCAAUCGCUCACAUAGACAGUCUGAAGAUGGAGACAGAGACAUCCGCCCCUGGAGAAAUGCCCAAGUUCUUGGGAGUGAGGGAGCAGAGAGUCACUGGUGUGUGUGUAUUCAUUCUGACGGGGCUGUCUGUCUUUAUGUCUCCCAUCCUCAAGUUCAUCCCCAUGCCAGUGCUGUAUGGAGUGUUCCUCUACAUGGGUGUGGCCUCUCUUAAUGGAGUGCAGUUCAUGGACCGUCUCCAGCUGCUCCUGAUGCCAGCUAAGCAUCAGCCUGACCUUGUGUACCUGCGCCAUGUUCCUCUGAGGAAGGUCCACCUGUUUACCUUCAUCCAGAUCCUGUGUCUGGCACUGCUCUGGGUCCUCAAGUCCACCGUGGCCGCGAUUAUCUUCCCUGUCAUGAUCCUGGCCCUGGUGGCGGUGAGGAAGACAAUGGACUACAUGUUCUCUCAACACGAGCUGAGCUUCCUGGAUGAUGUCAUCCCUGAGAAGGACAAGAAGAAGAAGGAGGACGCUAAGCAGAAGAAGAAGAUGAGGAGCAUUGACAGUGACAUAGAUGAUUCUGACUUCCCCUACACUGAGAAUGUCCCCAGCAUUAAGAUCCCCAUGGACAUGAUGGAGCAGGAACCUUUCUUAGGAGAUAAAUCCUCAUCAUUCCUGGAUCGACACUCAUCGUGCUGAGCAGCUGCUCUUCUACCAGGCCAACUGUCAGUCGAGUCCAGAGAUGAGUCCACUCAACGUGCCUCAGAUUAGAAUUGAGAUGGACCCUGAUGACAACGGUUACCGCUGGAAGAGCCGAGGUUCUGAGACCUCUCUGUAGCCCCUACUUCUCAACAGCCCCAAGACCCUCGUCCAUGCCCCAAGACCCUCCUCCAUGCACCAAGACCCUCCUCCCUGCCACAAGACUAUCCUUCCUGCCCCGAGACCCUCCUCCCUGCCCCGAGACCCUCCUCCCUGCCCCGAGACCCUCCUCCCUGCCC